CGCUAGCGCUAUAGCGCGGUGCUGAGGCUCUAAGCUCCCCGACAAGAGCCAGCCGGGGAGUCCUUCGUGAAGUGUUGCUCGGCCCCUCGAGCCGCGAGCGACGAGGCUGCCCUGGAGGAUGAACCACGAUGAAUAACUAGGAUGCCGUUCCGGAAAGGCGGCGAGGCGGCCCAGACCGGCCGGCGGAAGCGCAAGGGCCGGCCCUCGGCGGCGCUCGAGGCCAUCCCCAUGGUGCAGGCGCGCCGCAAGGCCGCGGACCUCGGGGCCGCCGAGCGGCGCGCGGAGGUGCAGCCGCCGUUUCGCCUGGCGGCGACGCUCCGCGGCUGCGCGGCGCCGCGGCGACCCGCCGCGUUCCGGCGGGGCUGGCGCGAGGCGGGCCGCCGCGUCAUGAUGAAGCGGCUCCACCUCGAGGUCGUCCUGCGGGACGCGGCGGCCGCGGCGGGCCUGCCGACGCAGCCGCACGCGCCCCGGGCCCUGGAGAAGGCGCACGUGCGCCUGGCGACGCACUACCUCGCCGCCGGCGAGCACGCGCUCUGCAAGGCGCACCUCGACGAGGUGCUGCGCGGCCGCGCGGCCUACGCGUGGUACGCCCACGCCCCGCUCGACGCCGCGUUCUACCGCCGCCUCGCCGUCUGCGAGUGCGAGCUGCACCUCCGCGACACGGCCCUGCUGGAGCUGCCCUUCGCGCGCGACGAGGCCGUCGCGGCGGCGCUCGACGCGAAGCGCGCGAAGCAGCGCCUGCAGCGCGAGCGCCACGCGAAGCUCGUCGCGAAGCGCCGGGACAUGGACCGCCUCGCGGCGGCGGCCGCGGCGGCCGAGGCCAAGGAGGCCGAGCGCCGGCGCCGCGCGAAGAACAGCCGGCCGAAGAUGGGCCUGAGCCGCGCGGAGCGGAAGCGGCAGCAGGCGCUCGACGAGCAGCGCCGGGACCUCGAGGCGGCGCGCCUGCGCGAGGAGGCGCGGCGCGAGGCCCUGCGGACGCCGCCGCCGUCGGAGGCGCAGCUCGCGCGCGAGGCGCUGGCGCGGGACCGCGCCCUCGCCGACGGGGCGGUCGACCGGUGCCGGGCGGCGGCCGCCGCGCGGGCGGCGCGCGCGUGGCUCGAGGACGCGCGCCUGCGGGCCGCGCGGGCCGCGUACGAGCAGUGCCUGGGGCGGCUGCCGCCGGGGCCCGCGGCGGCGUCGCGCGUCGCGCCGCUGCUCGUCGAGGCGGGCCUGGUCCACGAGCGGCUCGGGGGCCGGCGCGGCGCGGCGGCGGCGGCGAAGCUCUACGGCACGGCGAUCGAGUUCUUCCCGCGGCGGCCGGGCUACCGGCGCGCGUGCUUCCGGGCCGCGCUCGCGGCGUGGCGGGCGCGGCGGCGCGGCGACGCGGGCGGCGCCGCGCGCGCGCGCGACCUCCUCGCGCUGAUCGUCCCGCCGGAGCCCGGCCCGGAGGCGCCGGCGGCGCCGGAGGAAUCGGAGGCGCCGGAGGAACUCGCGACCCCGGAGGAGGAGGCGACCCCGGCGCCGGCACCCGCGCCGGAGCCUCCGCCGGCGCCGGCGCCGGCGCCGGCGCCGGCCGCGGCCGAGGCCGUCGACGAGGCGCCCGCGCCGACGCCGCCGCCGCCGCCCGAACAGAUCGCGGAGCAGGGCGGCGCGCUCCGCUGGUACCAGAGGCUCCUGGGCCCGCGCGUGGUCGCCGCCGAGUCGGACUCGGACUACUCGGACUCGUCGUCGUCGUCCUCCUCGUCGUCGGAGUCGGACUCGGACUCGGAGUCGUCCGAGGAGGAGGGCACGCUGACGCGCGCGCAGCAGGUGAAGAAGAUGGCGCGCGCGAAGGCCAAGGCCGCCGCGCUCGAGGCCAAGGCCAAGGCCGAGGAGGAGGAGCGGCAGCGCAUCGUCGCGGAGCGCCGCGCGGCGUCGGCGGCCUACCGGCGCGCCAAGGCCCAGUACAUCCUCGCGGACCUGGACAAGCGCAUGGCGGCGUGGCGCGCGCGGCCGCGGCGGACGCGCUACGGCGACGACGCGCUGUGCCUGCUCCUCUACGCCCUGGCGCUCGAGGCGGCGCCCGCCGAGGCGGCCGUCGAGGCGCCGGCCGGAGACGACGCGUCGCUCGCCUCGACCGGCGAGGCGGCGCCGCCCGAGGCGCACCUCCCGGCGCCCGCCGCCGCCCCGGAAACGGGGGCCCCGGCGCCGGCGCCGGCUGCGGCGCCGCGGCCGUGGCGGACGCCGGACGCGCUCCGCGACCGCGCGUUCCGGCUGUCCCGCGACCUCGACCAGUUCGACGCGGCGCGCCACGACGGCCCCCGGAGCUGGCUCGGCGACCGCCGGACGUGGCGCGCGCUCGCCGAGGCCGCGGCGGCGCGCGGCGAGCCCGUGCUCGCCGUCGAGUGCUACGAGCGCGGCCUGGCCCUCGCCUACGUGUCGCCGCUGCGGCGGGCCCAGACGGACCCCGAGCGCGUCGCCGCGUACGACCGCGACGACGACGUCGCGCUGCUGCUCGCGGCCGGGCGCCAGCACAUGCUGCUGCGGGACCCCGCGCGGGCGCGGCGGUGCGCCGACGCCGCGUUCGGCCUCGACGAGUGGGACCCGCGCGCGCGGCGCGUGCAGAUGGCGUUUGACCCGGAGGUCUUCGACCGCGCGCGCGCCGAGGAGGCCGCGGCGAACGUCCUGCAGAAGAAGUUCUGGCGCGGGCGCGUGUGGUGGCCGCCGUUCUGGGCCCGCGUGAAGGCGCACCGGAUCGCGGUGGCCGAGGCCCUCGUGGAGGCCGACCGCUGGGGCCACUACGCCGCGCGCGAGGACCUGCGGUACUACUACCCCAAGAAGUGGUUUUGCCUGCUCCUCUACGAGGACCACGUCGUCGCCGUCGCCCAGCGGUUCAUACGGCGGGUCCUCGACUACCGGACGAAGGUGCUGCUCGACGCGGCGCGCCACCUGCGGACGGUGAACGCGGCGCUGUCCGCCUUUACCAGGGCGCCGUGCGACGGCGCGGCGCGCGCCCGCUGCCGCGAGGUCGCGCGCGAUCCGCGGACGCUCGCGGACCACGCUAUUGUCGGCGCCGCCGCCCGCAUCGUCGAGGAGGACGCGGCGGUCGUCGUGCUCCAGUGCCUGGCGCGGCGCCGCCAGGCCGCGGCCCGCUUCGCGGUCGUCAAGGACGAGUGGGAGUGCGCCGAGUACGACCGCGAGAUGCGCCUCGACGCGCUGCGGCGCGAGGCCGACGACGCGGUGGCGCGGUGCUGGCGGUUCGAGGCGUGCCGCGCGGCGGCGACGCGCAUCCAGGCGCGGGCGCGGGGCGUCAACGCGCGCGCGACCGCGAAGCGCGUCGCCGCGCUCCGCGUCUUCCACGCGGCGUGCGUCGUGUUGCGCGCCACGCGCCAGCUCGCCCACGCGCGGCGGGUCAUGAUGCGCGCGGCCGAGGCCUUCGACGGCCGCAUCGUCCUCGCGCGCGCGCUGCAGCGCGCGUGCCGUUCCGCGUCCUUCUUGAUUGACCGACCUUGCUUCCAGCGGUGGUUUUCGUUAAUCCGCACAAUCGACGACGGCUCACCGGCGCGUCGCGCGCAGGCUCCGCCGGCGCCUGGCGGCGCGCGGCGUCUGCGCCCUGUUCGCACAGGCGCGGUGGCGCGGCCGCGCGGGCCGGAAGGUCGCGCGCCUGGCCUGGGUCCGCGCGAACGCGGCCGCGACGUUCGCCGAGAAGUGGCGGUGCCUCGCGCACCGGCGGCGCUACGCGGUCCUGCGGCGGCGGCUCGCCGGGCGGCGGGACGCGGUCCCGCCGCGGACGAUGGAGACGGUCGCGCGGCUCGUCGAGGCGGCGCGCCGCGACGCGGCCGCCGCGGCCGACGCCGGCGCGGGCCAGCGGCCGACGACGGCCGCGCGGCCCGUCUGGGUGGCGCCGGGCCUCCGGGGCGAGGCCAUCGCGCGGCGGACGAGCCUCGCGGCGCUGCCCGACGCCGCCAAGGAGGGCGGCCACCCGCUGGCCGGCGCGGCCGCGGCGCUCUUCGCGCUGCACCUCCGCGCGUGGAACUGCGCGCUGCGCACGGUCGUAGUCGUCGCCGCGCCCGUAGACACCGACCUCGCGGCGGCGCUCGGCGGCUGCCGCACGCUGCGGGAGCUGUGCCUCGUCGACGGCCGGCUCGGCCCCGAGGCCCUCGCCGCGCUCUGGGGCGCGGUCCGCGCGGCCGGGCUGCGGCUCGAGGCGGUGCGCGUCGACGACGCGCACCACCACCGGCGCCUGGCGCCGGGCGCGGCGCGGGCCGCGCGCUACGGCGACGUCGGAAGGGCGGUCGGCGCGUGCGUCGGCGACUACGUCUUCCGCCAGGUCGGCCGCCUGCGCGCCGUCGCGCUCGUGCGGGGCGGCCUCGGGGACGCCGCCGUCGAGUGGAUCGGGCGCGCGCUCGCGGCCUGCGACCUCGUCGAGUUGCUUCUGGACGACAACCGCGUCGGCGACGGCGGCGCCGCGGCGCUGGCCGGCGGCCUCGCCGCCAACGGGAGCCUGCGGGUGCUGGGGCUCGCAGACAACUGCGUCACGAACGUCGGGUUGGGGGCGCUCCUGGGCGCGCUGCGGACGCGCCCGGCCGGCGGCGACGGCGGCGCGGCCCGCCUCGACCUCGCGCGCAACCACACCGACGACCGGCUCGCGCCCUGGAUCUGCCAAUAUGCGCCCCUGCUGGCGCGGGACCCGGCCUUCUGGGGGCUGGCGCUCGAGGGCAACGCGUGGCGUCCGACGCCGCUCGCGCGUGUCUACGCGGCGCGCGACGCGGCGGCGGCGGCGGCGCGCGAGGGCGCCGUGCGCGCGCGGACGCCGCCGCCGCGGAACCGCCUGGCGACCGUCGUCGAGCGCCGGCGCCCGCCGAAGGCGGCUCCGUCGCCGCGCCAGUUCCUCCGCACGCUCGCGUCGACGAAGCGGACGCUUGUCUCUCCUUUGACGACGUCGCGCGAAAAAGAAUAAUAUAUUUUGUUGAUUAUUACAAUAUAUACAUAGCAUAGUUUGUUCAAUCUCAUAUUAGCGUAGUUGACCCAACUCGCGACUAAUUAAAAGCGUUUGCUCGCAAGUCUGCAAAGCGUUUCUCAAGUACGUCUUCCCCGUGCCGCUCGCGGCGCUCAAAACGCAGAGGUAUUACUUUUCGCAGGUGAGGAAGAGAUGAGAGUGCUUUGCUCGCUAGCAUUGAUAGCAUCGGCGGCCGCAGAGGGUCACGACGGCCACGACCAUGGUGGAGCCUCUUAUGAGCGAGUGGCCGCGUCUGAAUCGACGCGCUUCAACGAGUCCUGAAGGUGCGACUACUAAGGUCACGUUCAACACACAGGUGGGGCGCCAUCUUCGAGCUCCACAAGGGCGAGGACUACACCUGGCGCGCGCAGAAGGUGGACAAUGCCUACGCCGAUCCCAUGAUGAAAUUGGUGGUCCACCCGGCGACGGACGGCACGAUGGAGGCGCUCGAGGCGCUCGAGGGCGAGGCCGGCGAGCUCAUGGAGGGCGCGUGCACGGACGUCAAGGCGGGCGAGACCAUCACGCCGGGCGAGACGUGCUACAACCUCGUCUUCGACGCAGCGGCGGCCGAGACCACGUUCGUUGUCCGCCCGACGGACGACGGCCAGGAGCCCCACGACGCGUUCUUCGCGUUCUUCGCGGAGCACGUGCCCACGGAGUUCGAGAACGACAUCCACUACCUCCAGGACGCCGCGGGCGCCGACGUCGAACCCUGUGCAGAAAUCAAAUUUCGCGGUGCAUCUCCGCUUGCGGCUGAAUCAUAACUUCCACGCCAUCGACGCGACGCCUGCUCGAUGGCGUGGCGGUGUGGGUCUUACCGCACCCGACUCACUGGUUGAUUUCCACACAGGUCGAACCCGUCGUCGAGGAGGGCGGCGGCGGCCACGACGGCCACGACCACGACGACCACGGGCACGGGCACGGCCCCUACGAGUGGAUCGGCGUCUUCGAGCUCGCGGACGGCGAGCCCUACACGUGGACGGCGGACAAGGUGGGCGAGAAGUACGCCGACGCGACCAUCUACGUCUACGUCGCGGCGACGGAGGCCGCGCACACGUUCCUCCACAAGCCGCUGUCGAUCUGCAUGAAGUUCGGCGUCUUCAUCUGCUUCGCCAUCGGCGCGGUGGCCAUCGGCCUCGUGCUCCUGGACCACGAGCACUGCUCGGGCAACGAGGGCGGCUCGGGCGACGCGCACGCGGGCCACAACCACUAG